UAGAACGUAGAUUACUAAGUUCAAGAGUUCAGUUUCAGACAUAAGACAUUUGACAUUUUCUGUACUUCUGUGCACACUACAGUUGUAUUGCACUGACAUAGUGACAUAUAUAUUAUUCACUAAAUUAUUGUUAGUUAAUGUUGCUCACUACUUGGUUGUAAAUUAUGAGAUGUUGCAGUCGUAAAACGUGGUUAAUCUUUAAUAGUACCUAUCUGGCUAUCUAGUAUUUACAUUAAUAUCGUGAUUUAAAAUAUAAUUUAAUGACCUACCUACCUCCAUCAUCGAUAGGAUUGAUUUGAAUUAUUAGAGUGCGAUGAGAAAACUAGUCGACUAUGACAAUAUUUUAAUUAGUUAUUAUUAAUAUAAAUUUUUUUAAUGUGUAGUUACUUAACUAAUGAACAUGGAACAAACUAUUCAGCUAUCCAAGAAACAGAUUGUUCAUCAAUUUAUAAAGGCAAACAGAAAAGGAAUUGACAAUAUGAUCUUCAGAUUACAAUCGAUGCGUUACCUAAUAGGAUUGGCUGUAUUAGGCGCCGUAGUAUUAUUUUUUAUCGUAUUCUCAUCACACAAUGUCCACAACAACAGUAUUCCUGAUCCAGAAUUCCCAAUUCCACCAUCGAGUAUGCCGAUGGGUUUGUACAGCAAGAUCGGUGUUGUAUCCAACGGCGGACCGUGCGCACAAAUUGGAGUGGAUGUAAUGUCAAAAGGUGGAAAUGCUGUUGAUGCAGCAAUAGCUACAAUGUUGUGUGACGGUGCCCUGUGUCCUGAAUACAUGGGUAUUGGUGGAGGAUUUAUGAUGAGUAUCUAUAAUGCGACGACAAAAAAAGUGAUGACAAUCGAUGCACGUGAAACAGCUCCUGCUGCAGCGACUACAUCCAUGUUUGUAGAUGAUCCUCUGAAAUCUAUAUACGGAGGAAUGGCGGUUGCAGUUCCAGGAGAACUUAAAGGUUAUUCGACAAUUUAUAAUUUGUAUAGUAGCGGCGUUUCAUGGGAAUCGUUAUUUGAACCAACUAUAAAAUUAUGCGAAGAAGGGAUGAAAAUCAGUGAGCGUUUAGCAAAAAACUUGAAUAAUCACGAAGACUUGAUAAAAAAUGAUAUGCUACUCAGAGAAGCUUUUUUUGAUGAACAAACUGGACAUGUGAAAACAGCUGGGGAACAAUAUAAACUACCAAAGUUAGCAGAAACAAUGAAAAUUAUAGCAAAAGAAGGUGUAAAAGCCAUAUACAAUGGUUCGUUAACGCCUAAAUUAUUGGAAGAUUUAAAAGAAGUGAAUGGAAUAAUCACAAAAGAAGAUUUAGCAAAUUAUACAGUUAAUAUCAAAGAAUCAUUUCCUGUAAACUUAACAAGUGGACAUACAAUACAUGUGGGUCCACCACCAAACUCUGGCAUCAUAUUGGCAUAUAUACUCAGAAUAUUGGAUGGGAUAUUACCAGCACCUGAUGCACGAUUAGACGCACAUCGAUUUGUGGAAGCUUUUAAAUUUGGGUUUGGGGAAAGAACCCAUUUAGGAGAUCAUAAAUUUGUUGAUGUGUCUCAAAUUUACAAUAAAGUAAAAUCAGAUAGUUAUAUCAAUAGUGUUCGAAGUAAAAUACUUGAUAAUUUCACUUCACCAGAUCCAAGAUACUAUGGAGCUGAUUACGAUAUGCCAGAGAAUCAUGGGACUGCUAAUAUUGUGGUAACAGAUUCAGUGGGCAAUGUUGUUGUAGCUACAAGUACAUUAAACACUUACUUUGGUUGUGGUGUUAUGUCUCCUAGUACUGGUAUCCUUUUAAAUAAUGAAAUGGAUGAUUUUUCUACUCCUGGAGUUGUUAAUUAUUAUGGUAUUCCAUCCUCACCUGCCAAUUUCAUUAAACCAGGAAAGCGACCGUUGUCUUCUAUGUGUCCAACUAUAUUUACUGAUAAAAAUGGUGACUUUGUUCUUGGAGCGGGAGCUGCAGGAGGAUCAAAGAUUACUAUUGCUACUGCUUAUGUGUCUGCCCUCAAGUUAUGGUAUAAUAAAACGUUAAAAGAAGUGAUAGACAAACCCAGAAUUUACCACCAGCUUGUACCUAUGGAAGUUCAGUAUGAAUAUGGAACAACUAAGGAUAUUGUACAAAAACUUAGGGAUAUUGGCCAUUCAGUUGUUAGGUUAGAGAAUGGAGUGUCAGCGGUUACAGCUAUUGCUAAAACUUCUUCAGGAAUGUUUGAAGCUAUGGCAGAUUUUAGGCGGCCAGGAAAUUCAUCCGGGAUUUAAUACGACUUAAUGUUUUAUAUCAAUUGUAUUUUAAUAACUAUUUUUUGUAUAAAGUACCUUGUAUGUUCCUAAAAUAUUAGUUUUUUUGAAAAUGUGUUGUGUGAUUAAAAAUAUUUAUUAUAUUUAGAUUAA